CAAAUCAAAGUGUCUUCAAUUCAAUGAAACAGACCCCGGGGCAUAUCCUGCAAAUUUUUACCUUUUUAUGGUCUUCUUAAUAAAUAUAUUCUACUGUACGGAAUACAUUUAAUCUUUUCGUAUAUGUAUACGUACGUAUACCAGUGCGUGUCUGUGUGAGAGAGAAAUGAUGGAGAAAAUGGAAAGAUAAAACGCCAACGAAAGUUAUGGCGGGGAUUCCUAAGGCAAUGAAGGCGCGUCACUACGAUGACGGCGGCGACGACCGCGUGGACGACGAGGACGAGGAGGAGGAGGAGGAGGAAGAGGAAGACGAGGACGAGGACGAGGACGACGACGGAGGAGGAGAUGACGUCAUGAGUGACGUCAACGAGGUUCAUUUGAACUCUGUAGGUAAUCAUAAUCACCGCCACAAGCAGCAGCAACAACACCAACACCACAGCCACCGCGCAGGAGGUGGUGGUCAGGUGGUGGCGACGAGGACGAGUGAGCUCACUCUUGCUUUUGAAGGUGAAGUCUAUGUUUUCCCAGCUGUCACUCCUCAAAAGGUGCAAGCAGUUCUCUUGCUUUUAGGUGGACGUGAUGUACCUACUUCUGUUCCUGCUAAUGAUGUCAUCUUUGAUUCAAAUAGAAAGGGUGUGGAUGAUACACUGAAGCGGUCCAAUGUCUCAAAAAGAAUAGCUUCUUUGGUUAGAUUCCGUGAGAAACGGAAGGAGAGAUGCUUUGACAAGAAAAUUCGCUACAGCAUUCGCAAAGAAGUCGCUCAAAGAAUGCACCGCAAGAACGGUCAGUUUGCAUCAGUGAAAGAUGGUUCUGGUUCUUCUAAUUGGGUUUCAUCAAAGAAUAACCUUCAAGGAGAUGAUAAAUCUCAUCCAGAAACUGUUCUUUGUAGAUGUCACCAUUGUGGUGUUGGUGAGAAUUCUACUCCUGCAAUGCGCCGUGGUCCCACAGGACCAAGAACUCUAUGCAAUGCAUGUGGGCUUAUGUGGGCAAACAAGGGAACACUAAGAGAUCUGAGCAAGGGAGGGAGGACUAGUUCUUUACACCCUGUGGAACUGGGGACCCCUUGUGACAUCAAGCCUUUAGUCCUUAAAGGUGAAAAUUCUUCUGGCAACCAGUAUGAACAUGCAACUCCUUCAAAGGCUUUAACAGAUGGAACUGACAAGUAUUCUGCCAAUCCAGAUGAAGGGCAUCUUCGUGGAUCUGGUGAAGAUCUUGCAAAUCAUGUGCCUGUGGGGAUUCCAGCCUCUUCUGGCGACCUUAACGAGCAGGAUGGUCUUCUUGAUUUUACAAGUACAUCAGAGACAGAAGUAGAUAUCCCCACCAACUUUGGUGAGUAGUUUCACUCAUUCCACUCGUGGGUGCAUCGAGUUCCCUGUAAAUUCGUUCCUCUUGUUUUCUGUCAUGUAGCAUUAGAUUUAUUUGUACCUUCAUAAGGACGACCCCGUUGAAUGGGCGCACCAUCACUGCUGUGAUGAUGCUCAAAUUCUUGAAUGAGGUGCUCUGUGAGAAAACUAACAGUUAGUGUAGUGUAAUUGCGGUUGUUCAUAGGAGUUGGUGUUGUUAAAACAAGCAUUUGAAGACAAUGUUAGUGUAUGAGAGUGUAAUUAUUGAUGUGUAUUGUGGAUAAGCUAUCAGUUUAAAACAUCAUUGUUUCGUUGGGCA